CUCUUGAGUUCCCAACCAGUAAAAUGAGUGUCACAUUCCAGUGGUGACACAUGCACAAGCUUCAACACCACCCCACCACCACCACCAACACCAACACCUUUCCUGGGAGUGUUGCAAAAUAAGUCAGAGGGGUAGAGGAUGGGGCAAUAAAUAAGCAUCAAAGGGGAUCGUUCAUUUUGCACUCCACGUCAACAAGUUAACUCAGCGAUCCAAAAAAAACACACCCACACACUCCCACAACAGCGGAAGUUACUGGGAAACUGUUGCAGGAACAAAAACCAGUGGAAAGGGUGAGAAAUCACUCUCAAGAGAGCUUGGAGCAGAGACUGGGAGACGAUCAUCUGCAGAGCAAAAGCAAAAGCAACCAUGACCAAUGCCCUGGUGAUAGUGGCGACUCUCCUCCUGGUCCAGGACCACUGUCUGGAUGCCCAGAUCCAUCAACCAAAGCGCAAUAUCCCAGAACUGCAAUACGGCCAUGAGAUAUGCACACUGCAGGCGAAAACAGGCCGUUGCAAAGCUUAUUUCAGGAAAUUCUUCUUCAAUAUAUUGACCCAGAACUGUGAACUGUUCACCUAUGGAGGAUGUGACGGGAAUGAAAAUAGAUUUGAAACCAUUGAAGAAUGUGAGGCUAAAUGUAAAGUGAAAGAUAAGAGAAACCCUUGCUUGCUGAAUUUUGAUGCAGGACCAUGUAGAGCACUUUUCACGCGAUACUAUUACAACCAAGUCACAAAACAAUGUGAGACAUUUUCUUACGGAGGAUGCCUUGGAAACAAAAACAACUUCCAUACUUUGGAGCACUGCCAGAAUAAAUGCCAGAAGAAAAAACUAAAUGUUCCAGAGAUAUGCAAGCCAUCUUUACAAAAAGGUGAUUGCAAGGAUUCCCUUAAAAGAUUCUUCUACAACAUUACCAUUGAUAAAUGCGAGAUGUUUAUCUACACUGGAUGUGGAGGUAACACAAAUAACUUUGACAAAAAAAGGACAUGCAAUCAAGUCUGCAGAAAAGGUAAGAAGCUGAACACUGUUAGCAUCUCAUAAUAACUGGAAGAAGGAAAGAAAAUAAUGAAAAAUUCAAACCAGUUUAGAACAUGAAUCCUGAAAUCUGAUGGAACUGUAGUAAUGAUACCGAGCCUGAAGAUUCCACAGCUUACGUUUUUGACACAUCUGCUUUCUUUUUUAUUAUUGUAUGAAAGGUUCCAUAUUGUGAUGCAUUAAUAAGCAACACAAGCUAUUAAUCACUAGCUGCUAACUUUGUUUUGUUCUCUGCUGUGAAUGUGACCCUGUCUCGUCUAAGACCUUUUUAAUUAAUGUCGUAGUUGCUGUUAGGAUUGGAACAGACCAUGAUGUAAUCUGACCUUUACAUUAGGUUUGACUCUGGUACUUGCUUUCAUUGUAAUGUGAACGAGCGCAGAGAGUAACUAUGCUCUACCCUCCAUUCAAGAACACCCAGAGCUCCGUGUGUGCAAACAAAAAUCUGCUCUAUGUUGUUUCACUGCUGGUGAUACUUCUAUUGUUAAAAAAAGAGCUGAUAGUAGUUCACAGUGAUUCAAUGUAUGUUGGACUGCACUAAUUGGAAGACAAUUUAAGCCUUGCACAGAGCAAUAUUACUGUGCUGCUUCUGGAUAUAUCUAGUAUUAGGAAGUAUUAAUCUGUAGUUCAUCUGAAAUGGCAGUUUUUCUUAAUACAGUAUUAGUUGCGAAGACACUUUCUACCCUUUUCUACUGGAAGAAAGAAAAACCCAGCAGUCCAUCAGAAUGUUACAUUGCAAUAGAAUCACAUGCACAUGACAGGUGACAUUAUUGCAAAGACAUUGUUGACUCGGGUAUUAUUGUACCAGAAUCAAACCUAAUGUAAAGGACAGAUUCCAUCAUGGAAUGCGACUUUUUUCAGCAUAUCCAGUUGGCAAGAACUAACAUUGGAAAAAGAAAUGACAAAACAAGCUUUAAUGAACCGAGGCCUUUCGUACAAGUAGUAUUGAUCACUGAAACCUGAUUUUAAUCAGGUUUUACGACUCAUACACAGCAAAAAAAAUCAUAUUUGUCUCAUAGCUCUCUAACCCAGCACAUUGCUCCUUAAUCCUCUUAAACAGAAUGGCUCCUUCCAGCUCUACCAGUGGCUCAGCUUGCUUAUCUGGUGAGCCAGUCCUAAAUUUGAUGCCCAGUCUAUGCCAGAAUAACAGUAGAGGCAUUAUAGUCGGCCUCAACGACACGGAUGAAAGGGGAGAUUGGCUUUUAUGGAACACAGAAUAUGUAUCAAAUAAACCUCGUUCUAUAGAAUUAGAAUUGGAAUUUGAGAUUGCUGCCUUGUUGGGCUUGUAGAUCUUUUUCAAAACACUGAGAGCAAAUGAUGGAAACUGCUGGAUAAAUAGGCAGCUUUUAAUGAAGAAACCAUUAUCUGAAGAGGAUAUAUUAAUAUGCUUAUAGUGUGCCAUUAUGAGAAACAAAAUCCUUCCUAUGUUCAUUUCAAAUCACGGAUUAAAAUGUGCCAAACGGAAGUGAUUUCAUGCUCUCAAGGCUAUGGAAGUGUUUUGUGCACAUUUUUACAUUAUUAUAAUAAGUAUUAAUUUUUUAUGAAAAUGGUAUGAAGUUAGGAAUCUUAGCAUAUUAUAAUCGAAUAUUACACAUAAUAGCAAAUAAAACUGUGGUUCCUGAUUAACAACAAUGAUGUAAUUACAAAAACAACCUGUAAGUUUUUUGGUAGAAAUAAACUAUUUUACAACCCG